AUGGCUUCAGGUAUCCGAGAAGUGGACUAUGUUUCGCAGGACAAGAACUGGAAAGAUUUUUGUCGUGGUGGUGGUUACGUGAAAGAUCUUCCACCCGACAUGAAUGAUCUAGAACAAUUUGGUGCUGUACAGUGGGUAGAAUUGCGAAGACUUGAUUCAGACGAAGACACGGCAUUAACUUAUUGCGGCCCGGAUCAGAAACCUUCUCCACAGCGUUCCCGCGAUUGUGAGUUUGAAAUAAUCAUAAAAACAAGAGAAAUGAGGGAUAAAACUAGAUAA